GUGUGGACACAUACAAACAGUACUUUUGCUGAACAAUGUCUGAUAAGGUAUCAGUCAGAGGGAGUGGCUAAUAUGACUUCCCAUUCUGGAUAUCGAUACAGAUCAUUCUUUCUAGAAAGAUUUGCAGCAAGGCACAAAGGAGAGACACCGAGCCAAGUCACCAAGAAAAGACAGAUGAUUUAAAAAAGGAAAAAAGUGAGAAUAGAUUUAUAAACAGUAAACCAAGGUAAAAAGUCUGACUUAAAUCGUGAGAGGAACUUUACAUCGUUUACAUCACCCAAUAUUACGAAGGACAACAUUUUUCAAGGACAUUUAAUUCAUCAUGGAUCCACUUAACACUCGUUCUCUGACCGUGCCUGUUGGCAUUGUACGGAUGGUGGAAGUUGUGCUGACAUGUGUCGUCUUCAGUCUGGUGGCCUCUGUGGAAUACAUUGGCUCAUCAUACUGGGCCUGGUGCAUGUUUUCUUGGUGCUUCUGCUGCUUUAUGACUCUUUUAAUCCUUAUAAUGGAAUUCACUAGUCUCCACCUAAGGGUACCCAUCUCCUGGGAUGACUUCACUACUGCAUUUGCUAUGCUGGCUACACUAAUGAUUUUGGCUGCCUCAAUCAUCUACCCCACCUUCUUUGUAUGUUCAUCUUGUUCUCGUCAAAUUGCUGCUACUGUCAUAUCCUGCCUGUGUUUUAUUGCAUACACUAUGGAGGUAGGUCUGACUCGGGCACGACCUGGUGAGAUCAGUGGUUUCCUAUCAACAGUUCCAGGCUUGAUGAAAGUUCUUGAAGCUUUUGUUGCCUGCAUCAUCUUCAUCUCCCUUGAAAAAGUCAAAGGGGCGGCCCUGGAGUGGUGUGUUGCUGUUUACUCACUCUGUUUCAUUUUUGCCCUCCUCAUUAUCAUCCUCACAAUCUGCAGACUGCUUGCUUUGUGCCCCUUUCCAUUUGACAAAGUCCUUACUGGUUACAAUGUACUUGCUGUUAUUAUGUACAUGACAGUAGUAGUCUUAUGGCCUCUUUACAGUUUCCGGGAUAAUCCAAGACCUUCAAACUGCAACCACUGUUAUUGGGACAAACAAGUGGUAGUGUCCUUUAUGUCCUGCGUAAACCUCAUUGUCUAUAUUGUGGAUACAUGCUACUCAAUCCACCUUGUAUUCAUCACAACUGCAUAAAAGAAGACAAAUGUAAUGGUAACAUUUUAAGCACAAUAAAUUGUGCAGUAAAAAAAAAUAAAGUGCAGUGAAAUUAUUUCAGUAUAUCAAAAUGUUGAAUCGAGUAGCCAGCUGUUUGUAAAAAAUAUUUUAACAGGCUACAUAUUUUUAAUUAACAAACACAAAAACCCCCAGAAAAAACAUACAUAGAUUGUCAAACUUCUUUCUUUCUUUGUUUCUUUGUUUCUUUGUUUCUUUCUUUCUUUCUUUCUUUCUUUCUUUCUUUCUUUCUUUCUUUCUUUCUUUCUUUCUUAUGAUUAUAUUUUGCUCACAGGAGCUAGGCUGGAAAAUCAUAAUUUUCUUAUGAUUUUCAUUCUGGUGUAUUGUACAACAUAAAUCAUAAGAAUAUAAUUCGAAAAUAAAAAAAUAAAUAAAAAAAUAA